UCCUGUCCCUUAUGUCUCUUUGUGGGGAACAGAAUAGACUUCCCAGAGCAUCACUGGAGACAAGACAGAGCUCAGGGGAGGACACUCCAGGUGCAGAACUCCAUGCAACCCUGGCCUCAACUGCUGUGGAUGUUCAGAUGAGCAAGAGGAGAAGAGACGCAGACCCACUCAAGCUGGAGUAAAACAUCAAGAGGUCCAAAACAGGAGGUGGAACAGCUGGACACCCCAAGAGGUCAAUUUUGAGUUGAAGGCGACAUGAUCAUCAGAUCAGAAUCAGCAACGCUGGACUGGAUCGCUAAGAAAAAGGUGGAGUCUUGAUAUGAGCUUUUAGUUUCUCUUUAGAAAAGUUUUGCUAAAGAAGAAUCAACAAAGUACUCCAUAUCUUUUGAAGUAUUUAAGAAUGAAAGCACCGUAUGAAAUGCAUACAAAUGAAGGAAAGAGGAUGAUUUAGCUUUUUUUCUUUUUUUUUUUUUAAUCCAUCUCCAGAGCAAAUAGUCCAAAUAGUAAUUUAUGUUAUGAAAUGGAGAUGCCCUUUAAAGAACAUCUUGAAUGGUCCCGACAGUGUUCUUAAUUCACCAGCCAGGCGUUUAUCUUAUUUCUCCAGCUCUUCCGGAGAGGGAGCAUUAAAGACUUCAUUGAUAGCGCUCUUAGGGAGCGGGUAAUAUUUCUUAUAUGAAGUCUUGAAACUUUACAGCUGUUGACUGAAGGGAGAGAAAAGUACCACAUUCGUAAGAAAAUGAUGUUGAGCUGUUUUCCAUGUAUAUAUCUGGAGUAACAUUGCGGUGGAGAACUGAGGACAGAAAAAAUGUUCGCAGGGUGCGGAGUGGUCAGUGGCCAGAACCAGUACCUUAUCAGAGACACUGUCGGCACCCUCCCAGGACUAGAGGUGAACAGACCGAUACGAAUGGAGAAUGGUGUAACACAAGGGACCGUCUCUGUCUACCAGGAUCAACCCUACAGCAAUGCUGGCCAGCCAGCGGUGGUGAAUAAUGUUUCCAGCCCCCUAACUGUCCCUCCCCCUGCACUCAAACUCGGACAGGAAGGGUUCAAGAAAGUCUGCCGAACUGAGGAGGACAGCCCUUGUCCAUUUCCAGGACUGGCCUCGGGUGUACUGGAAAUGCGCGUGAAGGAGGGAAGUAAGAUUCGCAACUUAAUGGGAUUUGCCAUGGCACGGAUGCAAGGAGAGACGGGUGUAAGUGGGGGAGGGCUCCGGCAAGUGGUCUUCACUGGGUCAGGACGCGCCGUCACAAAGACCAUCACCUGUGCUGAGAUCAUGAAACGGAAAGUGGGCUCUCUGCACCAGCUGACCAAACUGCAGUACAAAGUGGUGAAAGAGGUGUGGGAGAGUAGUGAAGGUGGGACAUCUGAGAUGACCGUGCACAGAACUGUGCCCUCCAUCAGCAUCCUUCUCUCCAAAGACCCACUGGAUCCCCAGGAACCAGGCUAUCAGCCUCCAGAGACUCUCAGUGCAUUGUGGGAGGAGAGAGAGGGUGUUGAAUCCUCCACGCAGACAGCAUGCAAGAGACCUCUCGGACCUUUGCCAUACAGCAAUUUCCCUCACUGUAAGAGAGUGUGUUUGGGGGAAGGAGUCUCAGUCCACCCUCCGCAUUGACUGGCUGAACCGGUGUCAAACAGUGGAGAGGAUUGAAUCAGAGGAGUUCAUUUGGCACUGCCCUCCACUCAAGCACAAUGCUGAGACAAUCAGAACACUCACUCAGACAGAACAGUGCUUUCUCAAAAGAACUGAGUACCAAUUCCAGCCUCCAGAGGUCAGUUUGACUGGGACCUAAAAAGCUUGCCUCUGUACAUACAGCAUUUAAGGGGUGUGUUUCUCGGCAUGUGCAACAUGGUGUCUCACAUCCACAUCUGUGAUGAUGUGCGCUCCCAUGCUAUAAAAUCUUCGACAGAUUCACAUCCCAUUUCACACCGACAAAGAAAAAGCCAUGAAUAGCACAGGUUUCAGAUUGCAGUAAACUAUCUACAGCCUGUGGAUAAAAUCAUGUAUUAGCACCAUGUUACAAUCAUCUCUAUUCUUCCAUGUUCUUAAGUGUAGCCUUUAAAAAAACACAAGUAGACCCAAGGACAUAAAAUAAAAACAGCUAAAGCCAUUGAAGGUAUGACAAAUGCAAAACAUACCAAUUUUGUCUGAUAAUUAACUCUCAUGAAAACAAAAUUAAAUAAAUUGUUUUUUCUUUCCCAA